AUGUCUCGUUUCUAUCGUAGAGGAGCCUCCGAUUCUGACACCGAUUCAAGUGAAGAUGAGGUUGAAGAGCUAAAAGCUAACAAAAGCGCAAAGUUCCGCGAUGAUCUCGACUUCAUGGCUGGUCCUGAAGAAGAUGAGAAACGUGUGGUACGCGCUCAAAAAGACAAGAAGUUUGAUGAGCUCAAGAGUCUCAUUAAACAAAACCGAGAUGCUAAGAGCAACAAGGAUCUGAACAAGCUCUUAACAGGGUUCGAUACUCUUGCAAAAGCCUAUGACAAGUCAAAGACGAUCUUCCAACGCCAGAAUGUAACAAAUCCACGCUUUUACAUCAGAUUUUUGGUUGAAAUCGAGGACUACGUGAAUAAGCUCUGGGAAGACAAAGAAGCUAAAGCAGCACUUUCAAAGAACAACACCAAAGCUCUCUCACCUCUUCGCCAGAAGCUGAAGAAGUAUAUCAAGGAUCACGGCCUGACCGAUUUGGUUAGUGAUUACCGGGCUAAUCCUGACGAAGAUGGUUAUGAAACUCCUGAAGACGAGAAUGAUGAGGAUGACUUCGAGGAGGUCCCUGAGGCGUCGCCAGGAAGACAAGCCGAGAGAGCUGCGGACAGUGAAAGUGAAAGUGACAGUGACGAUGAUGAUUCUUUCAAUUGGUCUUCUGAACCAGAUACCAACUCAUCUGAUGAUGAAGAAAACGUCACCAAAAUGGAGCAGCUUCGCCGUUACUUCUUGAAGAAAGAAUUCCGAGAGGAGAGCAAGGACGACAAGAAAGAUAAGAGGAAAAGAGUGAUCAAGGUCAAGGAAGUUGUUGAAGAAGAUGAUGAUGAUUGGACUCCUGUGAGCCGCGAAAAGUCGGUUGUUCACUUUGAUCCUAAUGAAGAAGUCACCCAUGAUGUCAUGAUCAAAAAACUGAAUGAAGUUAUGUCAGCUCGUGGAAAAAGAACAACUGAUCGCAACCAGCAUGUGGCCAAUCUUCAAAAACUUCUUGAAGUUGCCGAAGAAAAGCAACUUGGUCUUGGUAUCAGCGUCAAGAUCAGCUUCUGCAUCAUCUCUGCUCUCUUCGAAUUGAAUGCUAAGAUCAGCGACUAUAUGGAGUACGAAACUUUCAUGAAUACUCUGAGAACCGUUAACACUCUUCUUGAUCUUCUUAUCACAACUGACCGUGUGAAGCUAUCGGUAACGUAUGCUGAAGAAGAUGAGAAUCUGAAGGAUGAAAACGAAGAAUACCGUAUUCAAGGAAGUAUUCUCAUCGCCGUUCAGAGAUUGGAUGGAGAGUUGGCUAAAAUUCUUCAGAAUGCAGACUGUCAUUCAAAUGACUACAUUGAAAAACUGAAGGCCGAGAAAGACAUGUGUCAACUGAUCGAAAAAGCUGAGAAUUACGUUGAACUUCGCAACCAUCUUGGAAUUUUCGACAAACACGAAGUCUGCAAAGUUUACAUGAUGAGAAUCGAGCACACCUAUUACAAAUAUCAAGACCAAAAUGUUGGAGAAGUUGCCAAGACCAUGGAUUACUUGUGCAACAAGAUCUACACUUUGGAUGACGAGAAACGUUUGAGACAGCGUGCUAUGCUCUGUCACGUAUACUUCCUCGCCGUUCAUGAUAAAUGGCAUCGUGCCAGAGAUCUUCUUCUGAUGAGUCACAUGCAAGCAAUCGUCGAUCACUCUGAUGUCGACACUCAAAUUCUCUACAACAGAACCAUCUGUCAACUUGGUCUUUGCGCUUUCCGUCAUGGAUUCAUUCGAGAGGCUCAUCAAGGUUUAUCUGAAAUCCAAAAUACACAGCGUGCCAAAGAACUGCUCGCUCAAGCUGUUGGAACUCGGCCACACGAAAAAACAGCCGAACAGGAGAAGAUCGACCGUUCUCGACAAGUCCCAUAUCAUAUGCACAUCAACGUCGAGCUUAUGGAAUGCGUAUAUUUGAUCUGUUCCAUGCUUCUCGAGAUCCCACACAUGGCCAGUUGUGAAUUCGAAAUGCGCCGCCGUAUGCUUAGUCGCAGCUUCCACUACCAGCUGAAGCAAAGCGAGAAAGCCUCGUUGACAGGACCACCUGAGAACACCCGCGAGCAUGUUGUUGCUGCAUCCAAAGCAAUGCUCAAUGGAGACUGGAAAAAGUGCAAGGAUUAUAUUGUGAAUGAAAAAAUGAACCAGAAGGUUUGGAAUCUUUUCCACAAUGCGGAUCAAGUGAAGGAUAUGGUUGUAAGACGUAUUCAAGAAGAGUCUCUCCGCACCUACCUUCUAACUUAUUCCACUGUCUAUUCGACCGUUUCUCUCAAGAAGCUUGCUUCUUUGUUCGACCUCUCCAAGAAGGACGUUCACAGCAUCAUCAGUAAAAUGAUCAUACAAGAGGAGCUCUCCGCUACUCUUGAUGAGCCAACCGACUGUCUCAUCAUGCACCGAGUCGAACCAUCUCGUCUCCAGAUGCUUGCUCUCAAUUUGUCUGAUAAGCUUCAAACCCUUGCUGAAAACAAUGAACAGAUUCUUGAGCCACGCACCGGCCGUGGUGGAUACCAAGGUCCUGGAUCUUGGUUUCCAGGCCGGAACGAGCGGCAAGGAGACAAGCAGAAGGGAUCUGGUGGAUUCCAAGGAGAACGACGAGGAGGACCCGGAGGACCAGACGGAAAGCGAGGAAACUGGGGAUCACAAGGUGGUCAACAGCGUCGUCAUCCUCAGAAGCCACGCGCUUUCUAA